AUGGCCACUGCACCGAGAGCCCUCAUCACUAUGCCCUGCGAAGCCGGCGCUCACCAGACGGUCCCUGCCUUCGUCCUCCUGGGCUUCCUGGCCGGGAUUGCUUCUGCCCACCCCGUUGUAAGCAGAACUAAUGGCACAUGGCUGGAGAGAGGAUGGCAGUCUCUGUUGUCCAGGUCCAUUGCUGGGAUGUCAGGGGAGAAGUCAGAUGUGAACUGGGAGAGUGACUAUUUGCUAGGAAUCAAGAGGCAGCGGAGGCUUUACUGCAACGUGGGCAUCGGGUUUCACCUUCAAAUCCUCCCAGACGGAAGGAUAAGCGGAGUUCACAAUGAAAACCAAUACAGUCUCUUUGAGAUAUCCACUGUAGAAAGAGGGGUUGUCAGCCUGCUUGGGGUGAAAAGUGCUCUCUUCAUCGGGAUGAACAGCAAGGGGAGGUUGUAUGGAACGGCUGUCUUCCAAGAUGAGUGUAAAUUCAAGGAAACCUUGCUGCCCAAUAACUACAAUGCCUAUGAGUCGAAGGCUUACCGUGGUGCUUACAUAGCCCUCAGCAAGCACGGCAGAGUGAAGAGAGGAAACAAGGUUUCUCCUGCCAUGACAGUGACCCACUUCUUACCCAGAAUAUGAACACGGGAAGAUUAAAUCCCAGGAAAAAAAACUGUUUCAUUUUGCACAUGGGGAAUAACCUCCCAGGUAAAGUAGUAUUUA